UGGCUAGUCUCUUUGCCUUAGUGGCAUUUGGAUCAUGCUGAAAUAUAUUUUAGCUCUUUGGAACAGUGACUAUGCUUAUUACGCCUUUGGGUCCUUGUUCCUUAUCAUGGUUGUGCGACAGUUCUGUUAUGCGUUUAGGAAACUUGCUAAUGAGAGCUGCUGCCAGUGUCAAAGAAAAGUCCAAAGGAGUUUGGAAGGCACAGAACAAAGAGUUUGGAGAUCUUCCCAGGAAGACACCAAGACCCCCUUGGAAGUGUUGUCCAUCCUGAAAAGCCAAACCUGGGUUCCCAAAGAAAGUAGCAUUCAGAAGCUGCUGUGCGAGGACCCUACCUGUUCCAUCUGUAAUACUGCGGCCUUGGAAACAAAGUUGCUGCUCUCUGGUGAGAAAGACUUACACUCCCCCCCACUGCAGAACACAUCACUUGGGUCUUCUUACUUAGAGGCUAUGAGCACGUCUACUCUUUCUCUUGACCAAAGUUUGGACCGAAGCUCAUCUACAGAAUCCCUGCCAUCCCCACUCCCAGGCCAAACUCCUUCAACUCAGACAGCCUCCCUGUCUUCCCCCAGGGUCCCAAACUCCUGGACUGAACAGCUCCAGCUGGAGAAGAAGGGCUUUGUAACCAAAAUGUCAAGAAACCCUUUGGAGGAGACCUCGUUUUCCAGUCCAGAGAAACCCAAGGACCCCCAAACAAAGCAAGAUGCCAGUGACCACGGGGACCAGUCUGUCACAUGGGGUAACAAGAUUGAGGAUUUUAAAUGGAAAGUCGUCGUGCUGAAUACUGAGUUCCUUCAGUUGACCAGACACUCGUCAACCGUACAGCAGCUCACAAUUUUGCCUAACAGCCGUUCAUUUUUUAGCCCUGAAGUCCAGAAGCUUCUAGAGGUGCACAUUCAAAAGAGAGUGCAUUUCCAGAGAUGGGGUCUCCCCAAGAGAGUAGAGCAAUCAAUCAAACAACUCAUGCCAGAAGCUUGUCAACAUUCUUGCCCUGGGAAUCAAAUAGUCCCUUUCUUCCCAAAGGAAGUCUCCAACGUAUCUAUAGCAGAGGUGAAGAUUGCAGCCACCCAUCCCUUGGCACUGCAGGGGACAGAUCAGCCUGCUCAGCCCUUCCUGGGCUCUCAGAUGAUCCCUCCCGUUUUAGGAAAAGCAGAGCUGAGGAGAACUUCUGGAGAGUCCCCAAACUGCGUUAGCAUGGCUCUGCCUCCUCCUUCCAUCCCAGUCCUGACCAACUCCUGUCCCCUGAAUGGGGGGACUACUGACGUCAAGAAGAACUGUCUGCAACAGAAGUACAGUCAACUGUUCUGCGGUCUCCCCUCUCUGCACAGUGAAUCCCUGGUAGCCACGUUUCUGAGGCACGACUCCCUCUCCCCACCCAGUAGCGUCUCCUCUUUGGACAGUACUUUCCUCUUCAAUGAAUUGUCCUUCCUCCCCUUGCUGCCGCAUUCUACCCCUCCUCCUUCUCCACCUAUUCUGAUUGGCAACAGCACCAAAGCCCCUGAAAAGACCCAAAUCAAUGUCCCAUUUCUCACGGUAGCUGAAUGUGAAACCUUGGAGUGGCAUCUACUACAGAGACAGCUCCAAAUGCUAUGGGGUGUACCCCCCUUAAUCCAGAUGAGUCAACAGUCCCAGAGACCCCUCGAUCAUGAACUCUGUGAGGCAGACCAGGUCCUUAUGCCUCCCUGUCCCCAAAUGAAUGUCUCUGUCCGGGAGCUUUUUUUCUUCCCGGACCAUGCCAGGAGGCUCCUUGAGCUACAUUUUCAGAAGCGGAUCCUUCAGCAUCAGCUAAGGCCACCUCAGUCAAGACAGAAGUCUGUUCCCUUGCUUCUGUCCCCAAUUAACCAGCCACAAGUCCCUGAGAGCACCUCGAUCGAAGUGACACUUCCCCAGAAUGAAAAUCCCCAACUCAAGAUGGCUCAAGCACCUGCUCCCAUUAGGACUCCUGCCCAUUUCAUCAAGCCUGAAACCUAUGCCAAAGCUAGGGUGACCGUGCAAAUGCACAUAGAGAAAAAAUGUCUGCAGAUCAAACAAGGGAGCUUUCCAGACAUCAUACCCUGGGUCAUGGACAUUGGGAACCAAUUGUCAGCGGGAGACCCUGCUACCCAGAGAACUUUGGAAGCUGCCCACUCCAAUAUGGAGUCAGAAGUCUUGGCUUUCCAAGAGCCAAAUACAACAGCAUGGAUGGAGCUGAGUGUGCACCAACAGAAACUAACACCGCUGCAUGAAACCAUGAGGCAGCCAGACCAGGCUGUGACCCUCCCAGAGAGCGUAAUGGAGAAACUGCAAAUGAUUUUGAGACACAAAUACCUGACUUUCUUAUCAGGAUUACCAGCUCUUUAUUAUGUGGCUCUCUAUAGGGCAAUGUUCCCUUUAGCUAUUUCCCAAACGGAUGUGCCUGGCAUGGGGCAAGGGGUAGUAAAGGAACAAAUUGACCCCAUAAGCUACAGGAUAUGGGCUGAAGAACAAUCAGUUCUCCCCAAAGCAGAGAUUAAUGACUCCACCAUGAACUCUAGGGACACUGGAAAUGAAUUAGUGGUUUCACAACAGAUAAACGUCUCAGAGGCAGUACCAGAAAGAGGAGGUGAUGAGAAGAGUCCACAGGGAAUAGGUGAACAAAGAGGGUUUGACUGCCCACAGUGUCCCUAUUCGCCAAGUAAGUCUGUCAUCUUGGCCAAGAUGGAUUCCCACCUAAGGAAGAAGGUGUUAGAAGUAAGUAUGGGGAUUCCCCAGAAAGCUAUAGAUUCUAGGGAACUCUCUGAAGCUCUGCAAUUUUCUUUACCUGAGCCUGGCUUAGGACAUGUUCCCACAGCUGUGAGUCCAGAAAGCCCCAAAGAACUACAAAGGAUUCUCGGCAGACCACGGAGCCAAGAGUUCCCAGAAAUGUGCUCAUUACCAGCGGCAAUAGAUGUUGAGGUUCCAAGCUGGACGUAUUUUAAGGAGCAGCUCUCCAAUAAGCUGGAGCUCAGUUUGAUGAGAACAUCAGAGUACCAAACUCAAAGCUCCCCCACAGCUCUUUCCCUGACAUCCCCCCAGAUCCCAGGCUUCCAGGUUUGCAAGGUUACCCAGCCACACUCCCAGAAAAAGUCCAGUAGGGGCAUGGCUGAUGCUCAAGUGCUCCAUGUACAUAUGGAAGUAGAACAGAGAAGCCCAAGCCAAGGGAAGUACUGGAAAGUGGAGCCACAGAGUCCCUGGGAUUGCUGGGCCAAGGGCAUCGGCUCAAGCCCAAACAAGAUAGAAGGCUCCAAAGGAGAAGAUCAGGGUGGAGGGGAUGCAGGGUGCGGGACCUCUUCUCAGAAAAGGAGCCAUGCCAUUAAGGCCAUAAGGCCAACCAAGCCUCCUAUGAGCAGAGCCCAGAGAUCCCCACAUCCAGGGGACAAGGACCCUUAUCACACCACCCUCCUCCAGAAGUUUCCUCAAUCUUUUUCCAAAGCUGAGAAUUCAGGGGCACUUUUUGGAGUGCCAGAGAGGAAAGAGGCUGAGAGGGAUGACCAUAAAGGCAGCCAAAGAAAGUUGAAGGGCACUUCUUCUCUGACAAGGAACCCUGAGAACUCCCAAUCCAGUGGCCCUAAAAAUCCCAUCAAAGUGGCCCAGAGAGCAAAAAGUAUGCAGGUCCCAGAGGGAAUAGUUUAUACUCCCCAGGGUCAAACCCCUUCAAAAAACAGCUUUAUGGAAAAGACAAAACACUUCCUUCACUGGCUCAGCCUCAGGAAAAAACUUGGGAGUCAGAACUUAGUCCACACCUUCCCCAGGGCUGAGGUGUCACCAUCCAAGAAGGGUAUUCCUAAGAAGGUCCCGAUCUCAGCCAGCGGCUCCACAAGUAAGGGACAGAAAGCCAAGAAGAACGUGGAAUUCAAGGAGCACUCCUACCCAUUCCCAAGUAAGAACCUUCUGGUCAGUACCAAGGCCCCCCCAACGAGUCAGAUCCACCAUCUCAAUUGCCACAAGGGCCAUCCACACUUCUGGAACCCAGAACAGUGCCAGCGCUUCAAUCACUGUUCAGAUAUGUCCGUUCAGCAGGAAAAUGAUCCUUCCUCCCUCAUGCCUUCUGAGGACAACUUUUGCUCCCUCAGAAAAAAAAGCUCAGUCCCAACAGAGAGAGUGACUUCAUUCUCAUGAAUGCAUGCCCUCUGAUCAGGACAGUAUUCUUUUCCAUUAAUGUGGGG